UUGCCUCAUCUCCGCAUGCCCCUCCCUCAUCUCUCUCCCACCUAUCUAAUCCAUCUCUCUCCAUACUUCCGCAUGCAUGCUCGUUGUUAUCUCUCUCCCUCUACUUUAAUAUUAUUCUCUCUCCCAUCUCUCUCUACUCUCUCUCCAUUGCUAUAUAAACUCCCCUCUCCCUUGUAUAAUUCUUCCCCAACUCAUCACUUUUCUUCUCCCCUCAACUAGCCACCUUCUUCUCACUAUUUGCUAGUUCCGUGGUUCGAACUCAAGACCUUCCUUGGGAAGCCAAGAGCUCGAACCAGUACACCAACUCACGCACCACCUAUUACUUACUCAAAACUAAGAUAUUAUUAUUAUUGAUUUAUUGACAUAUCUAUAAUAUUAUAUCAAUUGAAUGGCGGCUUCUGGUUUUGAAGGCAUUGAGAAGCGCCUGGAGCUCCACUUCUCCGGCGACGACCCGAUGACCGGAAUCGGCCUUCGCCAACUCGACUUCCAAACCUUAGAGGAAAUACUCCAUGCGGUGCAGUGCACCGUAGUCUCAUCCGUCGGAAAUCACUUCUUCGACUCAUACGUUCUCUCCGAAUCAAGCCUAUUUGUGUAUCCUCACAAGAUCAUAAUCAAGACUUGCGGAACCACUCAGCUCCUAAAAUCUGUCCGUCCGUUAAUUCACUACUCUUCAAUUCUAGGUCUUUCACUCUCGUGCUGCAAAUACUCUCGAGGAAGCUUCAUAUUCCCCAAAUCCCAGCCGUACCCUCACACGAGCUUUGAACAAGAAGUUGUCUACUUGCAAAACGUACUACCCAAGAAACUUUGCUACAAGAAGGCUUCCCUCAUGCCGUCAAAGCUAGCUACGCAUGCAUGGCAUGUUUUUUCAGCUACCGAUGAAGCGCAUUUAAUUUUCAUGCAAGAGCCUAGUCCAUGCACAAAUUUUACGUUCGAGAUUUGCAUGACGGAGCUCGAUAGUGUUCUGGCCGGAAAGUUUUUCCGGGGACCUAAUGAUGGGAAGACCGGAGACUCGGCCGGAAAAUUGAUGACGGAGAUGACGGGGAUUGGGAAAAUAAACCCUAGAGCUCACAUUUGUGAUUUUGCAUUUGAUCCAUGUGGGUACUCAAUGAACGGGCUCGACGGGGAAAAGUACUCAACCAUUCAUGUAACGCCGGAAGAAGGGUUCAGCUACGCGAGCUUCGAGUGCGUGGGGUCCGUUUGUGAAGGCGGCGGCUACAUCGGAGAUGUUUUAAAGAAGGUGGUGCAAGUUUUCCGGCCGGGGACUAUGUCGGUGUCGACGACAUGCAACAGCCGGGAGGUGGCUGCGCGUGUGGCGAAGGCGGUGGAGCAAGUGGGGAUGAACUGCCGGAGUUGUACCGUCGAUGAGUUUCCGGCCGCCGGGACUGUGGUCUUCCAAACCUUCACCACUCGUCGGACAUAAAUUACGUGGGCCGGGUUUUUAGGGUUUUAGAUUUGGAAAUUUUAUUUAAUGGUGAUGCAUGGAUGAUGGAUGACUCGUAGAAAAAGAUUAUUAAAUUUAAAAGGGUGCACGGUAAUUAUGAUUAUUAUAUUUUUAAGUGUUAAUUAAGAAAUUAAUUAGGGAUGAACUAUGGGAAAUAUGUGGGGUGGGUUGAUCAUAAUAUUGUACCCCGCUUAGGUUUGCCACGCUUGAGAUUUUGAGAAGAUGUUUUAUGUAACAUCUGUAAUAUUGCUUAAUUGGUAGUGGGGGUUGGGGGGCAGAAAAGUGUUUUAUCAUCCUAUUCGAUUAUCUCUUAUUUUUCUCUUGUCUAGUGUGAUUGAUGAUCGAUCAAGUCUAUAUCAAUUUGUUGCUUCACUUUGUUUAUCACAUACGUAGCUUUCAUCUUUUA